AUGUCGUCAACAAAAGAUUAUAUUCACGACCACCUUUGCGAUCUCUAUCGCGAAUAUCGCCAAACAAAAGACGUUGCUGAUAAAGCUGUUUUCUUCUCCCCGCAGUGCCACCAGAUAUGCCGUACGAACCCAUCCUAUGCGGCAAAGGACAGUGAAACUAUCAUCAAGUAUCUGCUCGAGGCUGGCCCCGUCAUUGAAGAUAUCUAUCGGAAUGCGGGGUGGCUCCAAGACCAAACUCGCACUGAGACCGAUCCGCCGAGAAGCUUCUACUCGAUGCGGCCCCUCAAUAGCAACGAGAUGACGGAUUUUGGGGCCAUCAAGGAACUGGCACCUUCUGGCUUUGAAUCGGUAGAAGAAGUGAGGAAUAAAGCUAAGAACGAGAAAUGGGAGGGACUGCAGGUUAAUAUGUGGACCGAGGAUGGAACUGAUAGGGGAAUUCUAGUCAAGGUUCACUACUGGUGGCGCAUGGAACCUUUGGGGUCAGAGGUCGGUACAUGGAAGCAGAUAUUCCAUGACAUCUUGUACCUGGGGCCGAGAGAUGGCACGGAGACGGAUGCAGGCGGCGAGGUAGUUGAGGAAAAGUGA